AUGGUUAGGCCUCAAGUAAAUAAAACACGUGUGGGGGACGUAGGGUACAUAGUCAGAAUAAUUCCAGAAACCACCCCUACGGCCCUGCUGAGAGAGAAGGGCAUAGAUAAACGGAGAGAAAGAGAGAGGGGAGUGGAAAACAUGCCUGGGAGUUUAGAGCCAUUGGACGUGGGGGUCCAGAUCCCAUACCACUUCCGGUGCCCGAUCUCGCUGGAGCUCAUGUGUGAUCCGGUGACCGUCAGUACCGGUCAGACUUACGACAGAGCAAGCAUAGAGUCAUGGGUGGCCACCGGCAAUAUCACGUGUCCGGUCACCAGGUCACAGCUCACUGACUUUAGCCUCAUUCCCAAUCACACACUCCGGCGGCUUAUCCAGGAUUGGUGCGUAGCCAACCGGUCUUUCGGAGUUGAACGCAUUCCGACUCCCAAACAACCAGCUGAUCCGGCCAUGGUUCGGUCUUUACUGAGCCAAGCCUCGUCUCAGUCGAAUCAGUUUAAUUCAAGACUCUCAGCGCUACGGAGACUCAGGGGACUCGCUCGUGACUCGGAUAAGAAUCGGUUGGUGAUCUCCGGUCAAAGCGCCCGUGAAGUUUUGCUUUCUAUUGUUUUUCGAAAUUCGGAUUCGGACUCGUCCGAGUUGAAUCAUGAGUCACUGGCGGUUCUAUCCAUGUUUCCGCUUUCGGAGUCGGAGUGUUUGUUCGCAGCUUCGGAUCCGGAACGAGUUGGUUAUCUCGUGUCUCUUCUAUUCCAUUCUUCGGUUGAUGUCCGAGUUAACUCGGCUGCGAUGAUCGAAAACGUCGCAGCUGGGACGAGAUCGCCGGACCUCCGAGCACAAAUCAGCAAUGCCGACGAAAUCUUCGAAGGAAUUGUCGCAAUUCUCAACUAUCCAUUGGCAUAUCCUCGUGCUUUGAAAACCGGAAUCAAAGCACUGUUCGCUCUAUGCUUGGUGAAGCAACACCGUCACAAGGCGGUGACCGCAGGGGCUGUGGAGGCGCUCAUCGAUCGAUUAGCAGAUUUCGAGAAAUGCGACGCCGAGAGAGCGCUGGCAACGGUUGAGCUCCUUUGCCGGAUUCCGUCAGGAUGCGCAGCGUUUGCGGCUCACGCUCUUACCGUACCUCUAUUGGUGAAGAGAAUAUUGAAGAUUUCCGAUAGGGCCACGGAGUACGCCGCCGGAGCUCUUCUCUCGCUCUGUUCAUCUUCCGAGCAGACACAGCGGGAGGCGGUGGCCGCCGGAGUGUUGACUCAGUUGUUGUUACUGGUUCAGAGCGAUUGUACGGAUCGAGCGAAGAGAAAAGCGCAAAUGUUGUUGAAAUUGCUUCGCGAUUCGUGGCCUUCGGAUUCGAUUGCGAAUUCGGAUGAUUUUGGUUGCAGUGACGUUGUCCCAUUUUGAUCGUUGAUGAUGAUUAAGUUAUUUUUUUUGUAAUUUCAAUUAAAAAGAAAAAGAAAAAGGGAAAAUGAGGUUCUAGAUUUUUGGUAUAUAAGGGAUUUUAUGUCUGUAUUUUUUGUAUGUACGAAUUUUGCUGAAAAGUUUUUUAUUAAAAAAAGUUGAAAAGUGGA